UGCCUCAGUUGUUCCAAUAUUGCCUGUGGUCGAAUGAAUGAACAACAUGCAGCUAAGCACUUCGAAUCUACACAGGUAGUAUGCAAUUUAAUGCAUUCAUUUGAUCAUUUGAAUGCUGUAUGUGUAUUAAAGCUAGGCAUUAAAUCAGCCUUUUAUUAGCUUAACUUUAUGAUAUGACUUAGUUUUUACUUGUUGGAAUUGUAGUGCCAUUAAGUCUUGCAUGCAUUCACUUAAAACAUUGAGCUAAAACUGUAAUAAGGGGCCAUCCAUCAAUAAUAUCAAACUAUUUUGGCCAAUUUUUUACCCCCCCCCACCCCCAUUGUCACAAAUUUGUCACAAAAUUGAAACACCUUCAUCAAUCAACAUAAUCCCCCCCCCCCUUCCACCCUCCACCUUAGAUACAUCUUGUCAUUUAUAGGUGGCCCCUUAAAGGUAACUAUUUUCAUGAAUUAAUUUAACUACAUUAUUCUAAGAAGAUAUUUUUAGUUUAUUUUCCCUAACAGAAAUAAUAGACAUGCUUAAAAAUAAAUUAGUAUAGUACAUAGAUGUUCACAAGCAUAUGUAUUAAAAUGUAACAGCCACAUUAAAUUUUUUGUCCAUAUUAUAAAAAUAAGUUUUUUAAAAAUAUUUAUCGUAAAUUCUUUUAUUUCAGCAUCCACUUGCCAUUGAAAUAAAUGAAAAAUAUGUUUACUGGUGAGUGUUGCCUGUGACUUAAAUAUUCAACAUUCAGCAUUUAGAAAUAAUGUCAUACAAUGACUUGAAAUACUGUGGGGCACUGCGGUCCAUUCUUAAUCUGUUUCAGAACCCUUUCCAGUUCCAAAUCAUAAGAGUUCUGAGGCAAUUUUUUUCCAUUUAAAAUAAUAGAAACUAGAUUAAUCCGUUUCCCAGUUCCACAAAUUCUAUUGAUUCUAGUACUUUUCCUGAAGUUCUCAAACCACCCCAUACUGGCUUUAAACUCCUACUUAUGAGCCCUAGAAUCAGGCAUGCCUUUCACUGAAGCAUCAUGGAGGACCUUGGCUUUCUUGCAAAUGUAUGGUCUCAGAAAUCACAUUCAGAUAGUUUUUUAUUAAUCCAAAAUAAGAGCAGUUUUUCCACCUCCUCCAUACUUUUCAGUCACAGAGAGUAGAGGUCAUUGUCUUAACCCCUUUCACAACUUCUAUAUUUUUCAAACUCGUACAGUUGAUUAGGGCAUCCUGAACAUAGCAUGAUCAGCCACACAUACACUGAUUUCCUGCUUAGCGAUAAGAUCUCUUGUAACUUCCAUUGUAGUUAUAACAGCUGCCCUCUUACUUUCCUCACUCCACUUCUAAGGACCCAUGAUUACUCUAAAUUGUUCUUAUUUUUUUUUUAAAGAACACAAAAUGGGAACAAUAACAUAAAAUUACCAACCAAAAACAUCUGAGAUAAUCUCACUAUAGCUUACAUAGAUAACAUGCUGAAUGAAAAAGCAUAUGCAUGGCCGGAAAGCUAGUGAAAUGUAAGCAACAAAAAAAAAUACACAGCUAACAUCCUGGGCAUUUGGAUUCCAAAGCAGUGUUCAGAUUUAGUGUGAAAUUUGCUUGAAAUUUUCAUUCUUCUUCUUUUACUUGAGGGCCCAUGACCACUGUUUUGAUCAUUCUAGCUCCUGGUUUGAAUUCUGAGUUUGCCUUCUCUUAGAUGAGUUGCCGUCCAAGGCUAGGGAGUCCCAUCAAGCCGGGGUGCUUGGGAUGUUGGCUUUGGUGGGGAUGGAACUCCAGACCACCAGCUAUUUGGUUUGAGACAGUUUAGACCGCUCGGCCACCCAGCAAUGCCAAGUUGUUCUCUCUAAGUCAUUCGGAUUCCGAGGCCCACUCUAACAAGAAAACAUGAAAAUAUCAAUUAUUUUAAUUUACAUUUCAUCAAAGAAAAGAAACUCUUGCAGGAUCUGUUAGCUAUUAAUUUGUAUCAUGCUCCUUUCAUUGACUCUCUGUAGGUUACUCUUGCCGUUGAAAAUUGAUAGAAAUAAUCCCAAAUUGUCAUUGCUUGCUCUUGACCAGUUACAUUUGUGAUGAAUACAUUAUUGGUGACAAUGAACAAGGAGACAUUGCAGCCAUCAGGUCGGCUCUGACAGACAUUGGGACAAUGUCCCCAGAAGAAGUCCAUGACAAAGGAGGGAAACUGCUAAAAUCUUAUUCAGACCAGCAAGAGUUCUCCAGGUGAAUAUAACAGUAUGCUCUCUGUUAUGCAUUGCUGUCUUAUCUGUUAUGUGGUACUAUGUUAUCCUAUAUGUACUACUAUCCUAUCUGUUAUGUAGUACCAUCUCAUCUAUCAUGUAGUACUAUUCUAAAAAGAAUGUUGUUUUAUUUUAAUCAUAGCUUUCAUAAUGUUUACUGCACAGUGGGGUGACCCAUUGACAUUGUUCCACACAGUUCUUUUAUUUAUAAAUUACUGACACAAACAUUUAUAUAAACAUCUGUCUUUAUCAUCUGAGGUGGGAAAAGUAUUUUCAUUGAGUCUGAUAAGUAAUGAGUAGCUUCUCCAUGUCUCUGGUGAGUUUGCUCAUUUGUCUGUAAUAUGAUGCCACAGUCUAAAUAUAAAUGAAAUCAUGUAAAAAUAAAUGUUUCAGGACCCAAGCUGAUGAUGAUGACAGGCUAGUGACUGCUGUUUGCCACCACAGGUAGUGAUUUUAUACAGUAAACAUUAGGUCUAUUCUGUAAACAUUCUAUACAGUGCAUAUUCUAUCCAGCGCCAUUAUACAUUAUUUUUAUAUGUAUAUAAUUUAGCAAUGAUUGAUCAAAUACUUGAAUAAAUAAACAAAGAGUAUUAAAAGAAACUUUAAUAAUUAAAAAAAAACAGAAACCUCUAUUAAAAAAUCAGAUUGUUAUAUUUUUUGCACAAAUAGUUUGACUAAGUCUAGCACGCCCUGUGAAUGGCUUCAUUAAGUCUAGCACUUCCUGUGAAUGGCUUCAUUAAGUCUAGCACUUCCUGUGAAUGGCUUCACUAAGUCUAGCACUUCCUGUGAAUGGCUUCAUUAAGUCUAGCACUUCCUGUGAAUGGCUUCACUAAGUCUAGCAAUCCCUGUGAAUUGCUUCACUAAGUCUAGCAAUCCCUAUGAACUGAUUCACUAAGUCUAGCACUCCCUAUGAAUUGAUUCACUAAGUCUAGCAAUCCCUAUGAACUGUUUCACUAAGUCUAGCACUCCCUAUGAAUUGCUUCACUAAGUCUAGCACUCCCUAUGAACUGCUUCACUAAGUCUAGCACUUGCUAAGAAUUGCUUCACUAAGUCUAGCACUCCUAAAUGCAUUUUAAAAUUGAAAAAAGCAAAAAAACUUCUAUUUUGUUUUAAAUUGUACAACACUAGACAACACUUGGCUGGGAAUAUAAAUGUGUGCCCUAUGACAUAAAGUAAAAUGUUGAUGAAAACAAACAAAAGCAAUAGAAACAGUUCCAUCAAAAGUCAGUGGCUCCUCUCGGUUCUCAUAAUCACUGCCAACCCCAGGUUGAGAAACCCAGAUUUAAAAAGAAAAUAUUUUUAAUUCAUAUUGACCUUCCAAGAUAAGUUUUAAAAUGUAUGUGUUGUAUGGUUGAUUUGUUUCUCUAGGAAGACCCUGCUUGCCAAGAUUUUCUCAGCCUGGCAAACAUGUAUACAGACAGAAAAAGAGAAAAAGGUAACACUUGUAUAUGAUUUCUUCGGUACAUGCUCAUUGUCUCUAAUAUCUCUAAUACAGCUAUCAGUUUUCUUGCUACUUAAAGUAAUCAGAUCUUUAAAAGUUUAUAACUCCAGGAAUGCUACAUAAAAGUCUGUGAAUGUAAAUUGUAUAAGUGUACAAGUGACCCAAUGAAUUCAAUGAAAGUAAAUGGUACAAGUGACCCAUUAUUUCUUUGAAUGUAAAUUGUAUAAGUGUACAAGUGACCCAUUAAUUCUUUGAAUGUAAAUUGUAUAAGUGUACAAGUGCGCUAAUUCUCUUAAUGUAAAUAGUAUAAGUGUACAAGUGACCCAACUAAUUCUUUGAAUGUAAAUGGCAUAAGUGUACAAGUGAUCUAACUAUUUCUUUGAAUGUAAAUGGUAUAAGUGUUCAAGUGACCCAACUAAUUCUUUGAAUGUAAAUGGCAUAAGUGUACAAGUGAUCUAACUAAUUCUUUGAAUGUAAAUGGUAUAAGUGUACAAGUGACCCAACUCAUUCUUUGAAUGUAAAUGGUAUAAGUGUACAAGUGACCCAACUAAUUCUUUGAAUGUAAAUGGCAUAAGUGUACAAGUGAUCUAACUAAUUCUUUGAAUGUAAAUGGUAUAAGUGUUCAAGUGACCCAACUCAUUCUUUGAAUGUAAAUGGUAUAAGUGUACAAGUGACCCAACUCAUUCUUUGAAUGUAAAUGGUAUAAGUGUACAAGUGACCCAACUAAUUCUUUGAAUGUAAAUGGCAUAAGUGUACAAGUGAUCUAACUAAUUCUUUGAAUGUAAAUGGUAUAAGUGUUCAAGUGACCCAACUCAUUCUUUGAAUGUAAAUGGUAUAAGUGUACAAGUGACCCAACUCAUUCUUUGAAUGUAAAUGGUAUAAGUGUACAAGUGACCCAACUAAUUCUUUGAAUGUAAAUGGCAUAAGUGUACAAGUGAUCUAACUAAUUCUUUGAAUGUAAAUGGUAUAAGUGUUCAAGUGACCCAACUCAUUCUUUGAAUGUAAAUGGUAUAAGUGUACAAGUGACCCAACUCAUUCUUUGAAUGUAAAUGGUAUAAGUGUACAAGUGACCCAACUAAUUCUUUGAAUGUAAAUGGCAUAAGUGUACAAGUGACCCAACUAAUUCUCUAUUGAUGUCUCUAGCAAGCCCCAGCCACCACAUCCACCUCAGGUCAACCCAUGAUGCUCACAAGGUCAAGGGCAAGCUUGUUCCACAUGAAGAGGAGAACCAUCAUUCCAGGUGUGACAGGGCUCCGUAACCUUGGCAACACAUGCUACAUCAAUUCCAUUCUACAAUCUCUGGGGUAAGACUUGCUGAUAUUCAGAUCAGUUUGGAUAUCUCUGUCUUUGUCCUUGCCACUUCAAUUUUCCUAGCAAAACAACUGCAGUGGUGAACAGAUUUUUAUAGUACUCACACUUUUGUCAAUAAUUACAAAAUGGUUUAUGGGUUUAUAUUCUUUCUUUGAUUCAUAUCUCACUGGCUGUUGAUUGGCUCACACAACAAACCAUACAAGGGAAGACAAAUUCAACUGAUGCUGACCUCGGUAGCGGUGGGCUUGGAAUAGCAAAUGUCUGUCGUAGAGUUUACAGGUUGCAGGUUUGGUUCUAAACAUGCAGAUGUACAUUUAAGGAUGACAGCCAUGUUGCCAGCCUCUAAUACAGAUGCCUUUCUUUUUGACAGCCAUGUUGCCAGCCUCUAAUACAGAUGCCUUUCUUUUUGACAGCCAUGUUGCCAGCCUCUAAUACAGACGUCAUUCUUUUUGACAGCCAUGUUGCCAGCAUCUAAUACAGAUGCAAUUCUUUUCUUUGUGCAGGCACCUGGAGGACUUCAGGGAAUAUUUUUGCCAGCUGGUAUUUGGUCUGUUUUCCCCAAGUGGCACCCCGCUCCCUGGUUCAUCCCCUUCGAACCUUUCACCUCUGGCAGCCAGAAAUCUCCUCAGACUCAACACAAUUGAUUACUUCCAGGUAGGUGUGGCAUUAAAGUGUGGCACAGAAACUAGAUCUUGCUUAGCACAGACUUUAAGGGAUCAUCAUUUAAUGGUCUGUUUAUUAUGGUCUCUUGUCAAGGCAUUCUUCAUUUUGUGGACUGUGUACCUAACCUGAGCCAUUUCAUCACAUUUGUUCACCUUUCAAGUUAUCAAACCCAUCUUUUUUUUUUCCUGUUGAUUUGCUCUUGCUAGCAUUUGAACUACCAGCCAUCCUCGGAGCUAUUCACCCAUCCCACCAUUCCACCUGUACCGACAAUAAAACCUGUGAAGCCAAGCGGCGGUUUAAAUGGUGGGGGGAGUGGGGAAAACACGGAGGGAAUGGAAGAAAUGAGUUCAGAUCCUGUCAUCAAGGCCAAGGCAGAUACACUGAAAACCUUGUGAGUACCAGAAUGGAUGAUACCUAAGUAUGUCUGAUGUAAUGGCAGAUUCUUUGAGGGCAUGUGCUAGCUUUCAUUCUUAAUUUUGUUUCUUAAAAUUAGUUCUAAGAAGUAAAUUGAUAAAUUAUAGACGAGCGAAAAAAUGGAACAUCUUAAAUAAUUUUAAAAUAUUUUCUUUGACAAUUUACACUAAAAUAUCUGAGUUAUGAAUGCCAUUGCCAAAGUUGACUAUUUGUAAUGUGUGCUAUCCUCAUCACAAUAACACAAUUUCUCCAUUUGGCUAUUUGUCAUGUGUGCUAUCCUCAUCACAAUAACAUAAUGUGUUCAUUUGUUGCAGGUCUCUGUGUCAGGAAAUGCAUGGCUUGCUCCGAGUCUUGUGGUCGGGGAAGUGGGCGCAGGUCAGCCCCCAUGGAUUCCUCCACGCCAUAUGGAAGUACAUCCCUGUAUUCAAAGGUCACCUUCAGCAUGAUGCCCAGGAAUUUUUAUGGUAA